GCCGUGACUUCUCCAUAUCGCAGCGCACACCCCGAGAUCCGUACUAGACCCCAAACUUGUCCAGCAACUUAACCUCUUGCUAUAGUACUGCACGAUGAAUGGCACAAACGGGACCAAUGGCACACCGGUGGGUGCAAAGCUCCUGUGGAGACAUUCCUCCCCAGAGAGCACCCCAAUGUACCAAUUUCUCCACAAAGUAAACUGGACGCACGGACUGCAGUUGUCGACAUAUCCUGAGCUCCACCAAUGGAGUAUUGACAACAUUGAUCAAUUUUGGCAGGACGUUUGGGAGUUUGUGGGCGUGAGGGCUCAAGGCAAAGCAACAAAAGCAGUGGAUUCAAAUGCUCCUAUGUUCCCUCGUCCGGCAUUCUUCGAGGGUGCCACGCUGAAUUUCGCCGAGAACCUACUCUUUCCCGCCCAAGAAGUCAGCCCAGAGUCGCCUGCCGUCAUCGCCGUAACCGAGACAACACGCGAAACAGUGACAUGGAAGGAACUGAGGGAAAGAGUCAGGCAAUGUCAGGCUGGUAUGAAGGCUCUCGGAAUACAAAAAGGCGACAGGGUUGCUGGCUAUGUCGCCAACCAUACGAAUGCGCUUGUUGCUAUGCUGGCUGCAACGUCACUGGGAGGCAUCUGGACAGCAGUCAGCCCCGAUACAGGUGUACACGCUGUACUGGAGCGGUUAAUACAGAUCGAACCAGUCAUACUCUUUGCAGACAAUGCUGCCUUCUACAACGGCAGAAGUCACCCAGUCAUACCCAAAGUCAGCGAGAUUGCAGCUGGACUGCCCUCUCUGCAAGCGGUCGUAGUCUUCCCUACUGUGUCAUCGGUGCUUGUGGAUCCGAGCUCUAUCAAAGUAUCCUUGGGCCAAGCUUACGACUAUGCGGCGUUUGCAACACUUUCGAAGAACUCAGAAUUGACGUUCGAGCAGCUCAGUCCCGACCAUCCUGUCUACAUCCUCUACUCAAGUGGUACAACUGGUUCACCAAAGUGCAUCGUCCAUGGAGCCAUUGGUACACUUCUCCAGCACAAGAAAGAACACAUCAUUCACUCUUCGAUCACCCUCUCUUCCCGCCUUUUCUACUUCACGACCUGCACAUGGAUGAUGUGGCACUGGCUCGUCUCUGGUCUAGCUUCUGGGGCCGCAAUUGUACUUUACGACGGUUCACCUUUCCGCUACAUUGACAGCAGCAACCCUUCGACAUCCGUGCCAGAUGACCUUGCCAUGCAUCGUCUGAUUGAGGAGUACGGCAUUACUCAUUUCGGUACCUCUGCGAAGUACCUGUCAAUCCUCGAGCAGAAAUCAGUGAACCCCAGGGCUGCAGGUCUUGCGUUGAGCAAAUUGGAAGCAAUCUACUCCACAGGCUCGCCACUCGCACCUUCAACAUUCUCCUACGUCUACUCCGCUUUUCCCUCAACCAUCAACCUCGGUAGCAUUACGGGUGGUACAGAUAUUAUCUCCCUCUUCGGUGCACCAAACCCUCUGAUACCCGUAUAUGAAGGCGAGAUCCAAGCCGCUGGGCUCGGCAUGGCGAUCGCUGCGUUUGACUACACCGGUGAAGACAUCUCAUCUACGGGCGAGCCAGGUGACCUUGUCUGCACAAAACCCUUCAUCUGUCAGCCUGUCGCAUUCUGGGGCGGGGAGGGUUUCAAGAAGUACCAGAACUCAUACUUCGACAAGUUCACUAACAAGAAGGGAGAGCGGAUCUGGCAUCAUGGCGACUUUGUACGCUUCAACCCCCAAACUGGCGGUAUUUGGAUGCUAGGGCGAAGCGAUGGCAUCCUGAAGCCGGCUGGUGUGCGAUUCGGCUCAGCAGAGAUCUACAACGUCGUACUUGAGCACUUUGCUGAAGAGGUCUUAGAUGCUCUGUGCAUUGGGCGGCGGAGAGAAACUGACCCCGACGAGACCGUGGUACUUUUCUUAAAGAUGGCAGAGGGCCACCAGAUCUCUAACCAACUGGUGUUGAAGAUCAAGACCGCGGUCAAGAACUCAUUAAGCGCAAGGCACGUUCCAGCUGUCGUCGACGAGUGUCCAGAGAUACCAGUGACCACGAACGGAAAGAAAGUCGAGGGUGCAGUGAAGCAGAUCUUGUGCGGGCUGAACGUCAAAACAUCUGCGAGUGUUGCGAACGCAGAAUGUCUGGACUGGUAUCGCGACUGGGCGCGCACGCAAUAAGCAUACCAUAUACGGAACGCAAUAUCAUUCGUUCUUGGACAAGUACUUUGCAGCUCUGCAUACUUCACUGCCCAACUCUUAACAUCAGCAAUGACUCUGUAGAUUGACAGUUAUCUCACGAAUAGUCCAU